UCGAUAACAUCGAUUGAAAAUGGGAAUUCGAGGGCUAACAACGUACAUAGCCAACCGUUCUGACUAUUUUUUAGAAUGCCACGAGCUCCAGAACUGCUACUUGGUGAUAGACGGCUGGAGCUUGAGCUCUCAGAUUUACUGUAAAUUAUCGAAAGCCAAUUGCGCUUUCGGUGGUGAUUAUGAUCACUUCUCCUACAGCAUCACUCAAUUUUUUGAGGACCUUCUACGCUGCCAGGUGACACCCAUUGUCCUCCUGGAUGGUGGCUGGGAGAACAAGAAAAAAAAGACAGUUUUCAAACGAGCACGCGACAGGCUCCUCACCGCCUCGAAAUUCACACCUACAACUCAGUGCAGAUUGAGGUACUUCCCCCUCAUGCAAACCGAUGUCUUCAGGGAUGUCCUCGUCACCUUGGGGAUUAAAUUUGCAAUGUGUCCUUUCGAGGCUGACGACUGUAUCGCAGCUGUUGGAAAGAUCCUAGGGGCUCCAAUUCUCAGUUAUGAUUCGGAUUUCUACAUUUAUGGAGUCGAGUACAUUCCCUUUACGACUCUGAGCUCCUCGAUCAUCAAGAAUAAAUCAGGAUACGCAAAGAAGUGUAAGAUUUAUCGAGUGCAGAAGCUCUUGGAUAAAUUCAGGGGGCUUGAUGUCAGUGUUCUCCCCCUUGCAUCCAUUCUCCUGGGAAAUGACUACAUCAACAGGAGCAUUUUCAAGGACUUUUUUAGCAGGAUGAAACUCAAGAAGAGUAAAACUCAGAACGGACAGCAGAAGAGAAUAGGGACAACACUCAAUUGGCUGAGGAAUUAUUCUCUGAACUCUGCGGUUGCUGCUGUCUUGAGGAAAGUGAGGUACGACAAGCGGAAGAGCAUCCUCACCGCGAUGGAGCUCAUCAUCAAUAGUUAUUCAAUAUUGACGCCGUACAUGAUGCAGCCCCUCGGUCUCACCGACAAUUCUGCCAUCGAGAAAAUCAGAAUGACACCUUUCCAGUUCCAAGGGGAUCUCGAUAAACUGGACGAAGUGUUAGACAAAAUUCAGGCUGAAGGGACCAUCCAAGAGGACAACGAGGAGAACGACGACAACGACGAGAACAACGACGAGAACAACGACGAGAACAACGACGAGGAAACUGGAGAGACUGAUGAAGAAGUUGACAAAGAGAUUGACGAUGAGAAUGAAAAUGAACCGAAAUUCUCCACCGCUGAAAAAUUCGCAUCGUCAGUUCCCGAAUGGUUCAUCAAGAGCCACUUGGCUGGAGAUUUCCCCACGUAUUUCAUCAACAUGCUGACACACAAUCUCUACAUUCUCGUUCCACAGAUCGAAGACUUCGGUAAAAUCUCCUCUCACGAGAUCAGCAUCCCCAUAAUCACGAGGAUCUUUAGUUUGCUAUCGUCCUCCAGGGGCGAGGAUAGUGUUCUUCAGUUGGUCAUCCGAGAAGGAAAUCAAUUCGCUAGACGUUUUAUCACCGUGGCGAGGUCUCCAGUAUCUUUCGAACAUCUGAGGGAGAUUCCAUCCGGUGAAAGAAAAAAAAUCAUCGACGAAGUUUUGGGAAUGUCUGGGGAGGAGUUGGAGGAGUUGGAGGAGUGCCCAGAGCAGUGGAGGCUGUACCUGGGGACGAUGAUCUUUUGGAUGAGGCGAGAAGUUCCUCCUGAGAAAAACAACAUUCACCUCAAUUGUUUAGUUAUUUCCAUGUUGUUUAGUAUUAUCGAUGAGAAGAUCGGGUUCAGGAGAUCGAAGAAGACAUUUGAAAGGAAAUUCUCAAAGGAAAUGGAGAGAAUUGCGAUGGAGAGAAAGCAGAGAAGAAUUUUGGCAGAGGAUUGUUGCUUGGGGGAGGCCAUUGAGUCUGUCGAGAAGGACGAUUGCAUCGUGGCUGCCGCGUUCUUUAUCGAUUAUUUCCAGAUGGACGAGAAACUCAAGGUUUUAUCCCGGAAAUUUUGCAUUGACGUUGUCCACCCCUUCGUCCAGUUCCAGAGUUGUCUCAGACACUCGAUGCACCUCAAUGCUCUUCUCGGACAUCCGUAUCAUCAUACGCGUCCUGGGGAGCUGCUUAAUGGUACUCUGUUGUACAAUUUAUUUGUCAGUCUUUCGAAAAGAAAAGACCCGCUGGUCUACCUCCAGGGGAGGCUAGCCAACGCUCCAGGGCUCCUCAGGAUUUUUCAAUCGAUCUAUCGAAUCGUUCAGAAUUGCCUCGGUGAUAUCAAACAGCACAUGAACGGGCCCAAAAGGAGGCGGAAUAAGACUCAUAGAAGAAAAAAGAGGGAAACAGUGAAAGACCAAUUCUUGACUGCUGAGAGUGGCUCUGAAAAGACUUCCGAGUUUUAUGAUCCUAAAAACUCUUUCGCUCUUCUUAAUACGGCUUCAGGACUUCAGGGAUGUUUGUAAUAAUUACUAGAGUUCAUUUGGUAUUUGUGUAGCGAAUAAAAUAUA